AUGGCGGACCAGAGUGUGGCGCCCUUGGCCAGCGAGGUCAAUGAGCCCCCAACCACCAGCACCAUUGUACCACCGAAGGAUCAUCAUUCAGGUGGUGCGCCAAACGUCAUUCAACCACAUUGCGCAACGCGUGUCUGCGAACUAUCAACAAACGUCUCGCCCACAUCUGAAACACGGGAUCUGCUCGUCUAG